AUGGCGGGGGUGAAGGGUGUGCAGGCGGUGUGCAGCACCUCGACGUUCGCCAGUGCGACGGGUUCGGCGCUGGUCGCGGCGGUGAAGGCGGCGACCACUGACUGCAUCAACUCCCUGUUCAGUGUCUCUGGCGCGGACGCGUACUCGAUUUUCCGGGAGGCGCAAAUGGUGUCCGUGGCCGACGCGCUGCGCUCGGCCGCUGCCACCUACCAGGGUAACAACAGCGGCAGCACUGCUCAGCUGGUGCUGUUCCUGCGCGCCGGGUACUACGUGCACUACUACGACAGCAGUGUCGGUGCGUACGGGACGGCGCUGUCCACGGCGAUCAAGGGCGCGCUGGACACGUUCUUCGCCAACAGCCGCGCCUUCGACGUGACCGACGCGAACGGCGAGACGCUCUCCGAUGCCGUCACCCUGAUCGACAGCGCGGAGGAGAACGCCCGCUACCUGAGCGUGAUCAAGCGCCUGCUGAACGGGUACAACUCGUCGUACGACGCCUCGUGGUGGAUGCUGAACGCCGUCAACAACGUCUACACGGUGCUGUUCCGCGGUCACCAGGUCCCGGCGUUCGUGUCCGCGGUGGCGGCUGACCGCAGCGUGCUGGACACGCUGUACAACUUUGCCAGCUCGCACAAGAACCUGCUGGGUGGGUCGCAGUCCUACCUGACCUCCAACGCCGGCCGUGAGCUCGGUCGGUUCCUGGGUGACGCCGCGAUCCGUCCGACGGUCAAGCCGCUCGUGAUCGGUCUGCUCAGCCAGAGCUCCAUCACCGGCCCGACCGCUCCCCUGUGGGUCGGUGUCGCCGAGAUGACCGACUCCUACGACAAGGCCGCCUGCGCCGACUACAACACCUGCAACCUGACAUGA